AUAAAUAUCAAUAAUGGAUUAAAAGGACAUCAAUAUUGAUAUUCAUAGUGAAUUCUUUACAAAGAAAUUUAAAGUGACACUUACAAAAAGGGAACCAAUAAAUCAUGAUUCUUAUUUAUUUAGAUUUGAUUUCUAAAAUGGAAAAGAAAGAUUAGGAAUGUAGGCUGUUUAGCAUAUCAAAAUAUAGUAAGUUUUAUCAUUUAAAUAACAAGUGGUCUAAAUAUGAAUGGUGAGAUUGUAGACAGAGCAUAUACUCAUGUUUAUGAAGAUGAUGGUUAUUUUUUGAUACCAAUUAAAAUAUACAGACCAAAUGUUCUUCCUUAAUUUCCAAAUGGAGGAGAAUUGACUCCAUGGUUAGAAAAGAUAGAUGUAAUUUUAUAAAAUAUAUGUACAUAGCUCAAUUCUGAAUUGACAAUAAAAAGAUGUAUUGGAAAGUUACUUUAUCAUAAUAAUCAAUUCAUCGUUAGACCAAAAGCUAACAAGAAUUGGUCACAAUUUAAUACUGUAUUAUUAAUAUGUGGAGGAAGUGGAAUAACUCCAUGUUAUUAAUUAAUUUCAGCCAUAUGUAAUAAUCCUAAUGAUAAUACAUAAAUGAUUCUAUUAUAUGCAAAUAAAAGUGAAUAAGAUAUUUGGCUAAUGAAAGAAUUAAAAGAUCUUUAAGACAAACAUAAAGAUCAAUUAACAGUUCAUUAUACAUUAGAUAAGGUAUUUAACAACAAUAAACAUAAAGUCUGAUGAAAAAUGGAAUGGUCUUAAAGGUUUUGUGAGUUUAGAGAUGAUGACAUCAAUAUUCCCAAAGGCAACUGAAACUACUUUAGGUGUUUUAUGUGGACCUAAACCAAUGAACAAAUUAGUCCUAUCACUUUAUGAAUAAUUUGGAUUAAAGAAAGAGAAUAUAGUCAAAUUCUGAAUAGGAUGUUGUAUUAAAUAAAAAUGUAAAAAUUAAGAGUUUUCUACAUUGAACUUUAAUUGUACGAUCAUUUAAAUCUUUUACACUCUAAUUCAAGUAUACAAAGCUUUACACUUUCAAUAAUUAUUCUAUAAAUCAAAG